UGCACCACACCUCCGUCUCCAUUUCUGAAACCCUCUCUCUCUCUACAUUUCUGUCUCUAUAGAUAAACAUCACUGUAUGUAUAUGCAACACCUAUACACACAUUAAACACACACACAGCGAAAGGAUAUAGAUACGGAUAUCUUUCUUUCACAAAUCGUAACCCUAACACACCUCUCUCAUUUCGAUUUUUUUUUUUUGUUGUUGUCAAUUUGGAACCCUAAUUCUCUGUUAGCCUUAGCUUUUUGGAAUCGCAUUUGCAAAUCUGUUGGAAGUUGUGAAUAAAGGAAGUUGAAAAUCGAUAGAAGGUUUUUGGAAAUCUGAAAUCUAAUUAUUUGUUUUCUAAGUUUCGAUUAAUUUGGAGUUCGUCUAAUUUAUUUAUUUUUGGUGUUUGAAUCUACUCUCUUGCGAUUGUGUUUUUCUUUUUGGAGCAGUAUUUUUGUAGCUUCUGAAACUCUAGGAGUUCUUGGAAUCAUCGGCAAUUGCUGUAUCCGAGCUCCGGAUUUGGAUCAAAUUCGAAUAAAAUUCUGUGUUUCGCCAGGGCUUUUGAUAAUUCGUGUGAUUGGAAAUGGUCGGAGGCGGGAAUAGAAGGGAUGAGGCGUCGUUUACUGUGAGCAACACCAAUGUUUUUGCGGCUUUGGAGAGUUUGAGGAAGAAGAAGAAGUCUGACAAAGAGAAGGGGUCCUCCAAGGGGGGCAAGGGCACCUCGAAAGCUGCUGGGAGACAGAAUGCCGAAGCAGAGAAGCAGGUGUUCUGGGCUCCGGCACCUUUGACGGUGAAGUCGUGGGCGGAUGUUGAUGAUGAGGAUGAUGAUGAUUACUAUGCCACCACUGCUCCUCCCCAGGCGAUAUGGGGUGGUUCAGGUCUGAAUGCACCCGAAGAGACUCAUAAACCUGAUGUUGUGGAGGAAAGUGAAAGUGAGGAUGAACUUCUUGAUGAAGGCGACGAUGAUGCGGAAGAUGGGCAUGACCAGGAACCAGAGGUUGAAGAACAGCCUGAACCACUGGUUACAAAGCCUGCAGAAGCUACAUCAGCACCUAAAGAGACAGAAAGACAGCUUUCUAAGAAGGAGAGAAGGAAAAAGGAGCUCGCUGAGCUAGAGGCAAUUUUAGCUGAUUUUGGAGUGAACCCCAAAGAGAAAGCUGAAGAUGAGGCAUCAUCUGGUAACAUUCUCCCUUUGUUCAAUUAUAAAUUUGGAGAGUGUCCUAGAAAAAGCCGUUUGAUUUAUAGUAUGAUUGCAGAGAUAUUUUCUCGUUAUGCUCUUUGCUGUUCCCUUUUCUUUCAGUUGGAUCUUGUGCUAUUGUUGUAUUUGUUAUUCUUUUUUUGGGCAUGGAGAAAAAAUCGGGGCUUUUAUUGUGCAGAUGUUGCGAAAGAGCAGAAAGAAGGACAAUCUAAUGGGAAUGCUGAUAAGAAGGAUAACCCCCCUGCUGAGUCUAAAAGUGCAAAGAAGAAGAAAAAGAAGGAGAAGGCUGCCAAAGAGGUGAAGGAGUCUCAGGACUCGGAUGUUCCUAACGGACAAGAGGAGACUGCUGGAACCGAACAGGCGGAUGAAGACACUUCUGCUGUUGAUGUGAAAGAGAGGCUUAAGAGGGUCGCAUCUUCUAAGAAAAAGAAAUCGAAUAAAGAGAUGGACACUGCUGCAAAAGCUGCUGCUGUGGAAGCUGCUGCUAGGAGUAAAAGACUCGCUGCUGCCAAGAAGAAAGAGAAGAACCAUUACAACCAGCAGCCAAUUCGGUAAGAGAGAUAUAUAGAUCAUUGAAUCUACAUAGAGAUGGAGAUGUGAUUUUAUUGCUCACGAAUAAACUUGGAGCUCCUUCCCCCGAGUCCUCUCGUUUCACGAUCGAUGAACUUUGAUGUGACGUUUACAUGACCCCAGAUGAUGAUUUUGGUUAUUGAACUUGUUUCUAUUUGGCACUGUUUCCUCUUCCUAGAUCAGUUUGUAUCAUAUUAGUACUUGUCAUGUAUCUAUUUCUUUUGGAAAUCUGAUGGAUGUUCUUGCGUUUCAA